AUGGCUUCUGAGAAUAUUGAAGAGAGAUUCAAGAGUGAGCUGUUCAAAUGUUAUGACGAAAACAAGAAAUAUCUUAUCCCAAAGGCUGAGUACUACAGAAGGAUAAACAGCAUUAAAUCUUCAUCAGCAAAUAGUCAUAUGAAAAGUAGAAGUGACUAUUAUCUUCUGUCCAAAGCACCAAUUCCAAACCUAGAGGUAACGUCAGCAAGAAAUCCCACGCGUGACACCAAUGUAGCAUUUGUUAUGAAAUUCCGUUUGAUCCUAUGGCCAGUAUUUCUUGUAGUCUCCAGAACAUGGGGUAACAGAGACUACAAAUAUGAAAUCCUCCAAUCAAAGGCCCUGGGGCUCUUCAAAUCACAGUGUGAGAUAAGUCAGAAGAAAUGUAAAAGACUAAUGAUCAAGGGUGUUGUGGUGCGUCCUAUCCUCAGCAAGGAAUUUGCAUCUAGGGACCAGGUUGAUUUGAUUGACAUGCAAUCAGUGCUACACUCAAACUUUAAAUGGAUCAAGGUGUUCCAAGACCAUCUCACCAAAUUUUGCAUUCUUCGUCCUCUUCAAACCAAACGUGCUGCAGAGGUUGCCUUACCAGCUUGUAGAUAUCUUUCUUUUCAUGGGUGCCCCUGCUGUUCUUCAAAGUGA